CGAAAAGCCAGGGACCGCCAUUGCCGGUUCCAGAGCUGAAGAUCCGAACGUUGAAGCAGAAUAAUCAUCGGUUGCGAAAACCGAAUCCUCAAUUUUCUUUUUGUCCAUUCGAGAUUUCACCUUUGGCUGUCUACGAUUUCUGAGCUCGGUGUUGCUGGAUUAUGAAUUUCUCCUUCUCUGUCGCAAACAGAGGUCAAAGCCGUUUCGCACUGAAGCAUGCAACACCGAUGACGUCAAGCGACGCCAAAGUGCUGUGUUUCAUGCCAUAGGUUAAUGUUUGGAUAGAGAAGAUAUCUGACGGCACCCUGUACUGGUAGUCUCCAAGUGGAGAGAUGAGAAGAACCAAUCUAAUGAUGAGGCUUCUUAUAACAGCCGUUGUUGGGGUUAUAGUUGGCUUCCUUAUGGGUAUAUCCUAUCCAACUCUUUCCUUAACUAAGAUGAAUCUUCCAUCUACGUUGUUCCCCGCAUUUGAUCUUUCAUACAUUGAGGGCAAGUACUCUGACUUCUCCAAGCAGCCUCUACUUGAUGCUUGGUAUUCUGUCAAGGACAGUACAAGUAUGAAAGAGAUCCCUGAUCCUUCCUACGACUGGAAUGCCACAAAGAUAUGGGUUCCCACAAAUCCCCGCGGUGCUGAAAGACUUCCCCCAGCUAUAGUUACACCUGAAUCAGAUUUCUACCUCCGUCGGUUGUGGGGCAACCCCAGUGAGGACUUGACGAUCAAACAGAAGUAUUUGGUAACGUUUACAGUUGGUUAUGAUCAAAGAAAAAAUAUAGAUGCAGCUGUGAAAAAGUUCUCAGAGGACUUCACCAUAAUGUUGUUCCACUAUGACGGGGGGGCCAGUGAAUGGGAAGAGUUUGAAUGGUCAAAGCGAGCUGUUCAUGUGAGUGUCCGAAAGCAAACAAAAUGGUGGUAUGCCAAGCGAUUUUUACAUCCCGAUGUCGUUGCCCCCUACGAAUAUAUCUUUAUAUGGGAUGAGGAUCUCGGUGUGGAGCACUUUGAUUCAGAAAAGUAUCUGGCUGUGGUAAAGAAACACGGCCUGGAAAUCUCACAGCCUGGGUUACAGCCAUAUGAAGGGCUGACAUGGGAGAUGACGAAGAAAAGAGACGACACUGAAGUUCACAAGAAGGCUGAUGAGAGAAACGGCUGGUGCACUGAUCCGAAACUGCCCCCUUGUGCAGCGGUUAAUAUUAUUCUUCAUACAUCCUAUGGAAAAAAAACCCCAAUCAGGUUCGUUGAGAUUAUGGCUCCUGUUUUUUCUCGUAAGGCAUGGCGCUGUGUCUGGCAUAUGAUUCAGAACGAUUUAGUUCAUGGAUGGGGUUUGGACUUUGCCCUUCGGAAGUGUGUUCAGAAUGCUCUGGAGGACAUUGGAGUUGUGGAUGCUCAGUGGAUUAUUCACCAAGGUGUUCCUUCACUUGGAAACCAAGGGCAACAAGAGAACGGGAAGCAACCAUGGGAAGGGGUGAGGGAAAGAUGCAGAAGAGAGUGGACGAUGUUUCAGGACAGGUUGUCUGAUUCAGAGAACUCCUAUUUCCAAUCAACUUCCCUCCACCACUAAAACUCCCUUCAUGCCUCUUCUGGUGAUUUUUUUUUUCUUCAACUAUUUACUGUUUGCUUCUUUUUUUUUCUUGUAAAGCUGUGUUUUUUCUUUCCGUGUUCGCCCCCCACUUUAGAGUCCAAAGUUCGAAUCCGUAACACCAACAACAUGGAUUACGUUAUAACUUACAUAAGCUUCCUUCAACACACAAGGUAUGGAGAUUUCCCCUCCGACCACCUUCGGGUGCUUCACAUCCCACACGUGUGGUGCCGGUUGUGCGUGUGGGUCGGGAUUAGUCUGGGCCUUUUGGGUCUGGGAUUACCCGGUUAUCAAAAAAAAAAAAAGAAACUUACAUAAGCUUCCGUAUUAUUUUUCCCCUAAAAAAGAGUUAUAUUCUUUUCAAAAUUAGUCAAAAAGUUUUGUUUCAUUUGAUAGGCUCUUUCUGUUUGAUGGAUAGUUCCAUCAUGUUGUAUUUUGUCAAACAGACAGUGGUUAGUCGAGGUAGAUUUUGUGUAAAGCAUAAAUAUUCUCGAACAUUUAUUAGAAUAUAUA